AUGCCAUUAAAUGGCGGUAGGAUCCUUAAUUGGGUUUCUCUUUUCAGUGUCCCUCGUUUCACUGUCCCAGAUAUUAACAUCCAAAAUAUCGCCGAUAGUUUGUCUCAGACUCUCUUCACCGGGUUGGGGGACGGCGAGAUCCUAAGGGGACCUUAAGUCCUCAAGCCGAGAAUUAGGGAAGUCCCCUCUCCGUCUGGAGCCUCUAGACCACUCGAACCUGAGGGGUCGGCUCAACUAGAGGGCGUCUCUGAGACUCGGACCUCGGCACUACGUCAACCGUGUGCGGCGAGUCCAUAUAAAAUGUAUGAAAACUGCAGGAAAUAUACCGUUGGCGGCGUUUUGUGGUUGUGGCCGGUGGCCCGUGCGCUCCCACGAUGUGUGUUGUCGCGCGCGAGGACGCGCCGCGCAUGUUCACCGGCGCCAGAAGCGUGCCCGGAGUGCGAUACCAGCGCCUCCGUCACUUCUGACUUGCACAAGUACCAAGUGGCGUGCACAUGCAAGCCCUCGUCCGCUCAGUAUGCGAGCGCGGACGAGCCCGGCCCCCCGCCCCCCGCCAAGACUGACACUCCACCCGCGCUGCCUCCUCGCCCGCCGACCAGCGUCCUGGCCACUAACCGGAGGAAUAAUGCCGCCGUCGGCUGCAACAACGACAGCACGUGCCGCCGCCGCAAGUAUGCGUGGUGGUGCGUCGGCUGCGGCGCUUUGGCUGCAGCUCUGGGCGGAUUGUUGGCUGCACAACAUAUACUGCUGCGGGCUUACACCGCCUCCCCGCAGCACUUGGAGACGGUGCCCGCCGCCGUGCCAGCUGCUAUGUUGGUGUUGACAGGAGUUUGUAUCAUGAGUUUGGCGCGACGACGGAACAGAUACAGCUAUAUGAUCAAGGUGGUCGGCGUAUGCUGUCUCGUCUGCGCUUUAACUUGCGUUCUCGUCACGAUCACAACAACAGUCAUUCACAUGAACAAGCUUCAAACGCUGAAAUUCUGCGAGUACACCAAACUGACUCGAACCUGCACUUGCUUUACGACUCAACCUGAUGCCCAGCACAGCACCAGUGAUGACGAUGGUGUUCGUUGCGUUUUCGACGGCGUUAGCUCUUGUGGUGUUGUCCACGGCGCGCUGUACUGGUGCCUGCGCGGAGUAUUCGCCCUUAGUGUCAGCGCCGUGCUCGUGUGCGUGUUCUGUAGCAUGCUGGCCUACCAGCUGCUGAGCCACGAGCGCAAGAAAAUGUACUGGGAGCAGUUAGAGUUGAGGUGUCGCUCAUUGUACCGCCCGCCCACCGGACAAGCGGCGCCCUCUACGGGCAGACCUGUACAGAGUAACUGCGGAUGCUGUGCACAGUGUCAUCCGACUCCAGCGUGGGAUAUAAGUCUGCAGCACAGAUUCUGGGCUCCAGGUCGUAUCGGUAAUCUUUAUUCUCCUAACCCUGGUACUGGCAGAAAGACUUCCGCUUGGAGUUGGUUCCCUUGGCCCAGGAGUAAUAGCCAAAAUUCUCGCUGCCGAAUGCCGAACGGCGUUCCCCAAUCGGGUGAUAGUGCGUACGGCUUCUGCGACGCGGACUCGAACCCCACACCCCAGGGUUACGACGAAAGAUUCCCUAAUAUGCGGCAAAACCAGUCAUUCCCACAGAACCAAAACUUUAGUCAAGCCCAGGGUUUCAGCCAAGGCCAGGGGUUUAGCCAGGGUCAGAGUUUUGGCCAGAAUUAUCCAGCUCAAAUUGGCCAGGUCCAGAAUUUCCAAGAAGGUUUUGGGGAAACUAGUGGAAGUUUUGACGCACAAACUGGUGUUUGGGGACCUCCCCCUCCUUAUAGUCCUCAAGGAAGAAGUGGUAGCAGGCAUCAUCUUCACCAAGAUCCGGCAGCUGCGACUCUACUUCAUCACCAUCACAUAGACGUCCAUAGAAAUUCUAUGCACGAUCACAAUAUACAACCACAUACGUGUAGAAAUUCAUACAUGCAACAAACCAUGCCAGAAGUAGCAAGAAUGAACCCGGAAUUAGCAAGAAUCAACCCAGACUUAACAAGAAUGAAUCCAGAAUUGGCAAGAUUGAAUCCGGAAUUGACCAGAUUGAACCCAGAAUUGGCUAGAAUUAACCCUGAAUUGGCGAGAUUGAACCCAGAACUAGCCAGAUUGAACCCCGAAUUAGCGAGGUUGAACCCAGAAUUGGCCAGAAUGAAUCCAGAUUUGCAGCAUAUGCAAAUGUUUCCGGCGGAUGUCAACGAAUUGUCUAGAAUGCAAGCGGAAAUGCAUAUAGUUCCGGAUGCCAGGUUUAACACUUUAAGGGGACAUUUGGUUCCGUACAGAUCUUGCCAGAGAUCCUUAGGCAUGAGUGCUGGGAAUUUGCAUAGGGAUUGCAGAAUGGAAGAAGGUGUGGGGAUAGAAUGUUUGCAUUCGAAGUCUGGGAGUAAAGUAUCCGAUCAGAGCACUGAUUCUUCCCAGAAACAAGGCAAAGAGAAUUUGGGAUUCCAGAACGAUAAACACUCGCCUAUGAGAUCUUCGAUGCAAGACUGCCACAGGGGGGUGAAUCAAAACGCCGAAUCUGAGGUUUACUUCGCUGACGUUUCGAGUUGCUGUAAUGUGUCCGUCAAAGCCGAGUGCUGCAUGAACCCGAACGUUUCAGCUCUAGUUGGAACCAUAGAGAAUCAUCCGGAAUCAACAUCUGAAUCAGACACCGGAUCUUUUACUUUAACUCGACAACAGAGACCACAACCCCAAGUCGGAUCCAAAAGGAGACCGCGACAAAACGAAAAAUUGAUAAAAAACCAAGAAAAAUCCUUGAAUAAUAGUUUAAGAUUGACUGAACAUCAAAUAGAACAUUUAAACAACUCUAUGAGGAUGUGCGAACGUAUGAACGAAGCGAGGAUCGAACGAAUGAACGAGACUAGGAUGAGCGAACGAAUGGACACGAGGGAUAGGUUCAACGAUUCCAGAAUAGACAGAAUCGAGUCCCGAGACCGGUUGAAUGAGUCUAGAAUGAAUGAUUCGCGAAUGAACGAUACUCGCUUGAGUGAUCGGACGAAUGACUCGAGAGAAUCGCGUUUGAAUGAUUCUAGAGUAAGCGAUUCGAGGAUAGACAGAAACGAGUCUAGAGACCGGUUAAAUGAAUGUAGAAUGGAAAGAGUUAGUGAUCCUAGAAUGAACGACACUCGAUUGAGUGAUCGGACGAAUGACACCAGAGAAUCACGUUUGAACGACUCCAGAAUAAGCGAUUCUAGAAUGAACGACUGCAGGUUGGAGCGGCCGAUCGACUCGCGAAUGAUUAACGAACGGAUUGAACGAAUGAACGAGCACAGAAUGGAGGAUAGAAGGAUGUCGGACUUAAAUUCCAGUAUAAGAAUCGAGGGUAGUCCCAAAAUGAGAGCUCAUAUGAGUCCUUUGCGAAUACAGAAAAGCCCUAAGAAUCUGCCUAACAAAGAACAUUUGAGGCAAUCUAGCUCAGAUUCGGGGAAACCGGACUUCUUUGUACCGCCACCGCCAAAUUUAUCGCCUUUAUCUCCUAACACGGAAGAGUCAUUAUUGUCUGACGAAGACAGACCUGAUACCGUUUAUUCUAAUGAACCUGAGGCGUCCAAAUGCUUGGGCCCAGAUUCUCAAUACGAACCAGUGAGAGAGGAGAAGGAAGAAAUAUUGAAGACCAAUCACCAUCAUUGUUAUAGUGACACUAACACUAUGGACUCGGGUUGGCAAAGUGGUUCCGAAAAACAAGUCACGGACUGA